UUCGCAAUGCGUAGUGUAACACGGGCUUUAUGGGUUUCAGGAUGCUCCUGACUUAACCUUACUUUAUAUAACCUUAGGAUCACCUAAAAUCGGACCGUGGCAUCUCUCAGGUUUCUCUCUGCCAAAUAUUAUAUCACCGAGAAAUGUCUGAUUCACUUGUCCAUAAAAGUUUGGAAUUAUUGAACUACGGAAAAGAUCCACAUAAAGAACAAAAGAAAAGGAAAAAACGUAAAGACACCAGAUAUAAAGGAGUUUUGGAUCUAAUUCCCACUAAACACAGGAUCAUCUCCAAAUACGAUAAAACAGAUUUUGAUGCAGUUUUGGCUCGAUCUAACAAAACUACUGUUUAUGAGACCCAAAAACGCAUAGCUACUCAACAAGAUCCUACCGACAAAAAUGUACAACAACUUCUUUUACUUAGCAAUAAUCGGAUAAAUCCUGAAAUAGCAAGCAAAUUAUUGCAUCGUGUUAUCAAAAAGAGAUAUAUCCAACAGCAGGAGAAAUCUAAAGAGCCAGAGGAGACAGCUUUUACUGAAGAGGACUUUAAGAAGUUUGAACAGGAAUAUGUCCAAUAAUUAUCAAUCGUGACAUUAAAUGAAAGAAUAAGACAACAAAAAACGUUGGUAAAAUUAAAAUAGGAUCACAAAAAACAAUGUUUGAAAGCGAUCAUCAAAAAGGAAAAGUGAUAUUAAUAUUGACAUUUGUCUUGUUUUUCUAUUAUACCAUUUGGGUACUUGGUUUGCCGUUCAUCGACGACGAUAGAUUCAAAUUUCUCUUUUACUCUCACGAUCUGGCUCUGAUGGUUCCCGCGAGUUUCGGUCUAAUUUUCAUUGGCGGUUUAAUACUUUUUACUAUAUAUCACGUGAAACCAUAUUUGUCUCUACAUAAAACAGAGAAGGUAGAGCAAAGUAGUUCAAUGGCAAAUUGUCAGAAUCCGCAAUGGUGUUAGGAAGCUAUGUUAUCGUCGCAAUAUAUCAUACGCAUUGUGUUAAUAUGCAUAACUCACGCAUGCAGCUGAUACCCGUGUGAUAUAAAACAUUGAUUAAAAGUGUCUGUUAUAUAAUCAAUGCUACAUCAUUUCACAUAUGCUCUAAAUUGUUCAAUGAGAAAGUGUCUGCUUUUUGUCAUAUUUCUAAUAUAUGAUACUGAUGAAUAAAA